AUGGGGAAAUACAACCUCACAGCACUCCGAGUGCGCCAGAGUGUGAUCCAAACGAAAGCUGCAGGGUCUCAUAAUGACCUUCCUCCGUGGGUUAACGCUGUUCGCGAUAUUCCUCCCGCUCAAAUCCUCGUGCGCGAUCGACCCCAGCAGCAUCAACUUGUACGGCAACGCAUGAAAACAUAUCCGGGGAAAUCAACACCGCAGGCCGUCUUUGAGGUACAAGAAAAGCGUAUAAAGCCGAAGAAAGCUAGCCGCAUGUUCCUUCCCGUGGAAAUCAAGUAUGAGGAGGACCAGCUGCGGAAAGAGUUCUUCAAGGACCACCCUUGGGAACUGGCAAGGCCUAGAAUCCUUCUUGAGACUUCGGGCAAAGAUUUUGAGCAUCAUGACUGGAAGAGGAUGCAGCAGCCGGGCAAGAAACUAGACGGUGAGAGUGUCGUGCAACGACAGCUAUGGCUCCUGAACAACGUUCCCAACAUGACAAAGAGUCGUGCUUACGACAUUGCGCGCCGCGAAUUCUACCGACUCCGCCUACAGGAGGACAUCGAGCGUCGAGUAGCUGCUGAAGAAGCGCAAGCUACAGGCGCGACUUUCGGACCUACCCGCCUCGAGAUUGGUAUGCAACUUGAGAAUCAACAACAUGAAGUCUGGAAGCAAUGGGCGAAGACAGAAGCACAGGUUGUCGACCAAGCGUCAGCAUCCGCGGAAGAAGAAACCGCGAGCGAGACCGCCCCUCUAGCGGCUUGA